CAGGGCGAGCUACAGAAGAUGAUCACAGCGGCCCAGUCAGUGGAGAAGGAGAGUGGGCGACGAGACGAUCCUGGUACAGCAGUGUCUCUGAAGGCUAUGGAGUUCAUAGACGCUAUCAAGGCUAAGAAACAAAAACCACAAUUGAAACCAGAGAAGGAAGGCUCGGAUUCUAAACUCAAAGAAGAGGUGGAAAGAUUGAAUGCAAAACUAAAAGAAACCAAAGACAUUAUGGCUGAAGAGAAAGAGCUGUAUGAGAGUGACAAAGAUAGCUGGCUGAACGUCAGGAAAGGUUUACAAGAUGAAGUCAACUCUCUGACUGACAAGGUUGCGUCACUCUCAGCCCAAGUCAAGGAAUACUCUACAAGCUGGCAAGCACUCCAGGACGGCCCUGAUGCUAUAAAAACCUCUUUGGCAAACGCCACUAUCAGGUUAGGUGAUCUCUCAUCCGAAAAUGAAAAACUUAAAAGGAAGAGCUCGGUAUUACAAGAGUUACAGACACAAAUGAAAAAUGAAAAAGAUUGUCUGCAGGAAGAACUGGUCUUGCUCAAGAAUUCCUCAAAGCAUAGUAUUGAAGAACUAAAGAGAGAAAGGGAUAAACUGGAUGCAGAGUUGAAAGUUCUACAGAGUUCUCAUUCACUCUGUUACCCUUUCGCUGAACUGGAGGAAGCCAAGAAACAAAUAAAUGAGCUGACAGUUAAAUACAGAGAUCUCAUCACUAGCAAAACCUCACUGGAUGAUGCAAACAACAAAUUGAUCAAUCUGUUGAAGGCACAAGUUGAACUGCUACAGCAAGAUGGAGAGCAAAAGGAUAAGAUUCCUGAAAAAGAAUUCAAAUUGAUAAAGCAAAAUGAUGGUAAACAAGAAAACAAAAGCCAUGCUGAGAAAAUGUACAGUCUUGUUAAAGAUCAGCUGAAGGAGUCUGAAGAACACUGUAAAGAGUUGGAGGGUCAGUUGGCUGGACUGGUGCAGCAAAACUUGGCUCUACAGCUGGUAGAGGCAGAGUUGAGAGAUCAGCUGGUCAACAGUGUGCCACACAGCAGACUUGUAGAGCUGAGAGAACAGCUGACUCAGUCAGAAAAACUGGUGUUGGAGUUAAAGGCAGAACAAAGCAAACUAGAAGAGAGAGUUUCAUCAGCUGAAGACAAGGCUAAAGCUUUAGAAGAGCUGAGACAUUGUCACGAUUACCAACACGACUCAUUGCAAAGACAAGUUCUUGAGCUGACGGCUUCUAGUGAAGACAAAGCUACUAUUGGUCGCUUAACAAGAGAAUUACUGAGAGCACAGGAAAGUGAACUGGCUGCCUCAAAGCAAAUUGUGGAAAUGAAAACCAGCUUAGAAAAACUACAGAACAUGUGCUCGGAACAAGAACGCAACAUGAAAAAUAUCUGCAACCAGCAUCUUAGAGAAAAAACCGAAAUGCAAUCAAAAUACAGGUGGCUGGCCAGGACUGUGAGUGACCUACACCAGCGCUAUUUAGGACAUCUGUCACUACUGUCAACGGAGAGUAUGCAGAGUAUGUUGGCACAAGCUAGGUAUGAGAAGACCAAUGCGCUGGCUGCGGCUACAGCUGUCAUGAGUGCUGACAAGGUGGUAGAGAUGGUGAACAACCAGUAUAACGAAGCUGACGGAGUCACUGCCUCUAAACUGCAGGAACUGAAACUCAAAGUCCAAGUUCAGUCUCUGGAAUCUCAGCUUGCACAAACCGAGGGACAACUUCAUAGGAUUGAAAAGUUGAGUGCUGUCCUUCAGGAGGAAUUGGUGUACCAGGAAAACUGUUGGGAGAACAAACAGGUCAUUUGGGAACAGAAAUUGCUGGAAAAUCUCUCUGUGACAUCUCCUACAGAGGAGAAAACCAAAAGUGCUGAGUCUUCAGAUGACGUUGUGGUUGGGAACAUAACAGCUGAUGUUACUGAGGUUUCAACUGGUCACCCUGAGGUGGGAGAAGUUGUGAAAGAAGCUGCUGGGAAACAAGAAAAAGAAACCGUGCCUUCACCAAAGGUUGCUGCCUUUCCUGAACCAAAAUUGGCCUCGGAGUGUGAGAGCAUCAGGAUUCUGAACAACCAAUUGAAUCAGGUUACAACGCUGAUGAAUGAACAAGCAAAAAAACUAAACCAGUGUGAAACAGAGAUAUCAGAAUUGAAAAGCAAAAUGGAGUCUUUGAAAAGACAGUUGGAUGAUAAAGAAAGUAAGUUGAAAAAUAAAGAAAAAGAACUUCUAGAUUUGCAGACUUCUUUGACUGAUAAAGAGAAGGAGAAGAUAGAGGAGGAGUCCACUGAGAUUCUUGCUCUGAAGGCCACAGUUGCUAGUCUUCAGAAUAUCGUGAACCAGAAGGAGGAGACGAUCGGACGUUACCAGACGCUGCUUCAGGAGAGUAGAGAUGAACACAGCAUCACAGUAGCAAACCUUCAGCAAGAACUGACAAGUCUUCAACAGACAUUGGACAAGAAGGACAAACCUGCUGACAAGGAGGGCAAAACCAAAGGCGAGAGUAUGGCAAUGAAGGUUAUCUUGGAGCGAUACCUAGCAAAAGUGCGAAGUCUGGAGGACGACUUGUCACAGACCAGAGACCAGGCUGCUCGGCUGGUGGCUGAUCUGGCCGGCGCUCAGCAACAGACAGACAGAUGGACUCACACUGCUGAGGAGAGACUCAAGACUAUACAGGAGAUGAAACAAAGGCUUGAUAGUGCAAGAAGCAAAGAAGAUCUAACUGAUACCAAUUCUGAACUAAUGGAAAAAUCUGCUGAAAUAGACAGUUUGAACAGAAUCAUCAGCAAUCUUAAGGCCAAACUCGAGUCCAGAGAAACAGUUUCAGCUUCUAGAGACAGACUGAGAGGAGAACUAGAUCGAGCUAAUAAACGAAUUGAUGUUAUACAAAACCAGAAUACCGAACUGAAAUCUGAAGUUCAGAGAUUGCGCAAACAGCUGACAUUGAGACAAAGCAGCACUCCAAAGUCAGAGGUUGUGAGCACUGCUCGCGAGGAGGUUUUACAAAAGAAAAUAAAACAGCUGGAAGAGCAACUCGCUGACUACCAAGUGAUUGUGCAGAAAGGGAAAGAGAUUCAUAAGUCUAAGUGCGACCAAGAGUUUGUAAAAUGGGAAGAAAAGAAGAAGUGGCAGACGAGCAACGACAAACUCAAAGCUCAGUUAAAGGAAAAAUCUUGCCAAGUUGAGGCUCUAAGAGCCAACAUUGACAGGCUGAAGGACACCAUCAUUCGCUUGGAGAAAGAAAAAGUUAUCUUGGAAGGAAAACUGAAAAAUACCAAAGUUCCCAACGUGUCCCGAGAUCUGGUAGAAGAGCUAGAGAGAGACAGAGCCAAGUUGCUGGAAGAGCUGAAGGCUGUGAGGAUGACCAAUCAGAUCAAGACUCAGAGUCCAACACUUAGUGAUGUCAUCGAAGCUCAGGAGAGGAAAAUAGCCACUCUCAAAGUAGCUCAGAAGGGUGAAGCAGUGUUAGCCGAAGAGAUGGAACGUUUGAUUGAGAGCAAGAGUCGUCUGCAACAGACAAACCUGAGACUGGAAGCUCAGAACUUGGAACUCAAGAUGCAACUGGAGAAAUCCCGCUUAUCUGAUCUGACUCCUCGAGAGGACAUGAAUUCAGAAACUGAGAGCGUCAGGAGCUCGCCUAAGGGCAAAGCAAAGGUUGGUAAGAACCGAGCAGAUCUGGAGAGGACUGUCAUAGUGUUGAAGAGAGUAGUUGAAAAGUUACAAGCAGAAAACAAGAAGCUUCACACAGCUCGACUUAGUGAUGUUCAUGACAAGGGGUACGUGGAAAAACUUCAGAUUGAACUACAAAGAUGUCAGGAGAACUAUCUGGAUGCUAUUGACAAAUGUUCUGCCUUGGAGGAGGAACUGAAACAAGCCAAAGAGAAACUGAAACUUUUUGACUGCAAUGAUUUAGCCGAGGAGCUUGCAGCCACUAAAGCACAGUUGGCACAGAAAUGUCAACUAUUGAGCAAAGUCAAGGUGCUUCUAGAGAAUGCUGUCAUUAGAGAGAAAGCAUUGAAAGAACAGGUGUACGACUUAGAAAAGUUGGUUCCCCCUGAACGUCUCAGGGGCACUUACCAUGAGAAAAAGUCAUAACAGGGGGUUCUUUCAAGAGAAUUGAUCUGUCUCAUGGAGGAAUCUCAUGGAAUUGGCCUCAAAUACUUCCCAAGAUAAGAAAUCUUACUUAUAUUCCGUCCUUUGUUGUUGUGUUUCUAGUCUUUUCUAGUUAGAUCUUUUAUACUUCCUAGUUCCUAGUUAUAUAAUUUUUAAUUCCACUAUCUUUUUGUACAAUUUUAUUUACUUAUUAAAUGUAUUUUAAA